AAGCAAUAAAUAUUUAUACGAUUCUUAUGACGAACCAUUUACAGUAGAGUUUGUAACGUAAACACAUUAGUUUAUUGCUCCGUACGAAUUAGAAAACAUCAAAUUUCCAGUAAAGUACUUUUAAAAAUGGCUCUAAUAGAGGAAUUGAAGAAGAUCCCACUUCGAAUAACUAAUAAUUUAAUUAAUUUAAUGCUUCGAAGAGCAACUUACACUUGUACGAAUACUUAUUGCUUUUGUAUUUCUAUCGAUUUAUUGUUUUUUCUUGUUGAUUUCUCACUUAUACAAAAUACCUAAUCUUUUCGUACUGUAUCUAUUCUAGAGAUUUCCAAGAAUAUGUAGAAUAUCAUUGUUUAUAAAAUAAAAGUUAAUACAUUACAAUUCACAUAGUUUUUUUGGAAAUUUAUCGGUGUGCGAAUACUUUCUACAUCCACUGUAAAAGGAAAUUCUAAUCUUACAAAGAAUAUUGAUAUUCAUGUUCAGAGGGUGAAAACUACUCUCGAAUUUCUGAAUGAAAUACGUAUGUAAAUUUCUCGAGAGGUACUGGAGAUAGAGAAAAAUGUUGAAUAUGAAAAAAGUUCGGUUUCUAACGAACAAUAACAUGGUUUGAAUGUAAAUUGUCUCAAGAACUGUGACUCAUGGCUCAACGCUUAUAACAAGUUUUUUUUAGUCAUCGAACAAAAUGAUCGUCGUAAUAUUAAAACAGUGUUAAUUAACAGAAACAAGAUUAUUAAUUAUGAAUUUUAAUAAGCGCCUAGACAUUAAAGUAACGUCAAAACUGUAUAUCGUUUUGUUUGAUGUUCAAUUUGUAAAAUUCUGACUUAAUUAAAUAAACUUUCGUAGAGGCUUAGGAAUAUUGUUCGUUACAAAACAUUAUUUUUCAAAACAAAAUAUGGUAUCAGAAUUAACAUAAAAACAGCUCGAAACAGAACUUAUUUAAUUAAAAAUUGUGUUUCGUUAAAGCAGAAAAGGUGUUCGACGAAUUCCUAACAACUCUAGUUCACGAAUGACUAAUUACAAAUUAGUAAGUUACAAAAUAAUUACAAUUAUAAAAGAAAAGAAGAAAAUAUUUACGUUAAUUACAUUAUCGUUCAUUAUAGACAAAGUUACAAAACGAUAAGCUAAAAAUUGCAAAUUAUCCGAAUCUGUAUAUUUUUCGGUAUCGUCUUAAUCGAUACCCUCGUUGUUCGACGCGAUGGUCGUUUGCGAGUUGUUUGUGUGCGCGUCUACGUUAUGUAUCACUAUCAUGAGUAUCAUGCUGAUUUUUGUCAAUUAUUUUGCCGACCGUUCGUUCCUCAUAAAAAAGUUGAUGGGCCCAUUCAAAUUGCAAGCUCGCUUGUGGACGCGGGCGACUUAGAGGCAGGGGUGAGUAAGCUGGCGGCGCGUCGCAUUGCGAUGCGCGAGAGAAACAAUUAAAAAAAAAAAAACAAAAAAACGAAUGAAUUAUGUCUCCGCACACGUGACGAACCCGUCCUUUAGAAGAAUUGGACGUCACGUGACUAAUUCGAGCGACUGAAUACCAUUUUAUGACAUGAUUUUGACUGAACCACGACUGUGUUUCCAAACUAGGUAAAGUUUUACAGAGUGAGUGAGAUAAGAGGCAGGGGCGGGGCGUCGUCGGCCUUUAAACCCCCCCGCCACACGUUACCCCUCCACCUUUGGUUGUGGACCCACUUGACAACAAGCUGUGCAAUCGUUCAGAGUCAAUUGAUUGGAUUUGGUGGAUAAUCCAACUCUGCAGAAACAGGUCAGCGUUAUGAGUAUGAACUUGAGUGCCAAGCUGGACGAGCUGCAGCGGGGUGACCGCCAGCUGGAGACCACCGUCGCGCUCUGCGAGAUCCGCACUCAGCUGCAGGAACUCACCAAGAGCGUAGAGUCUUGCCAGAGCGAGGUCAGCGAGGUGAAACGGGACAUGGUCGCGAUCAAGCACGAACUAGAUACAGUACAGCAGGUGAAAGAAGAGAUAGAAGAGUUACGAGAAUAUGUGGAUCGACUUGAAGAACACUCACAUCGACGGAAACUUAGACUUUUGGAGCAGGGGCUAACACUUUUCCUGUCGUAUGCAAUACUGGCAGCAGUCUUAGGAAUGUUGCAGUUUGGAUACAACACUGGAGUUAUUAAUGCGCCGGAAGUGAACAUUGAAAAUUUUAUGAAAGACGUUUACAAGGACAGGUAUGGAGAAGACAUUUCCGACGACUCCGUGAAGAAAUUGUAUUCAGUGGCCGUAAGCAUAUUUGCGAUUGGUGGUAUGCUAGGUGGUUUUAGCGGAGGAAUAAUUGCCAACAGAUUUGGCAGAAAGGGGGGCUUACUGCUAAACAACGUGCUGGGCAUCGUGGGGGCGUGCCUGAUGGGUUGUACAAAGAUUGCUCACUCAUACGAAAUGUUGUUCUUUGGACGGUUCAUCAUCGGUGUCAAUUGUGGCUUAAACACCUCGUUGGUUCCCAUGUACAUAUCGGAGAUAGCACCACUGAACCUGAGAGGCGGCCUAGGCACGGUGAACCAGCUCGCUGUUACGGUGGGUCUCCUGGUCUCCCAGGUGCUGGGCAUCGAGCAAAUCCUUGGAACAAAUGAGGGUUGGCCAGUUCUCUUAGGGCUAGCUAUCUGCCCUGCCAUUCUACAGUUACUGCUGCUUCCAGUUUGCCCUGAAUCACCAAGAUAUUUGCUCAUUACCAAACAGUGGGAGGAAGAAGCACGUAAAGCUUUGAGAAGGUUGAGAGCCAGUAACCAAGUGGAAGAAGACAUUGAGGAAAUGAGAGCCGAAGAACGAGCUCAACAAGCCGAGUCUCGAAUAUCGAUGACAGAGCUCAUAUGUAGCCCAACGUUGAGAGCGCCUCUGGUUAUUGGUGUGGUUAUGCAACUUUCCCAACAGCUUUCAGGCAUUAAUGCUGUAUUUUACUAUUCAACAAAUUUGUUCACUAGUUCUGGUUUGACAGAGGAGAGUGCCAAGUUUGCAACCAUUGGCAUAGGUGCCAUUAUGGUUUGUAUGACGUUAGUAUCCAUCCCGCUUAUGGAUAGAACAGGAAGACGUACACUGCACUUAUACGGUCUUGGUGGCAUGUUUAUCUUUUCAAUAUUCAUCACAAUUUCUUUUCUCAUAAAGGAGUUUUUCGGUUAUGUGCAGGAAAUGAUUGACUGGAUGUCGUAUCUGUCGGUCGUGUCGACGCUCUUGUUCGUAGUAUUCUUUGCUGUUGGGCCUGGUUCCAUACCUUGGAUGAUUACGGCUGAGCUGUUCUCGCAGGGUCCUAGACCUGCCGCCAUGUCUAUCGCGGUACUCGUCAAUUGGAUGGCUAAUUUUUUGGUUGGCAUUGGUUUCCCAAGUAUGAAGACUAGCCUUGAAAACUACACGUUCCUACCAUUCAGUGCAUUCCUAGCCAUCUUCUGGAUCUUCACGUACAAGAAGGUUCCUGAGACCAAGAAUAAAACAUUCGAAGAAAUUCUAGCUUUAUUCAGGCAUGGUAACGACAGGAGCAGCUUGCGGGACAGCAGACUCUAUGGGAGCAUGCUAAACUGUGUGAAUGCAUUAGAGGGACACAUACCGCCAGCAGAGAGUGCAGCCCUGAUGGUGGCCGAGGAGAAGCCACAUCCUGAUUCAUUUGUGUUUGCAGCUGGAUCAGAACGAUCUUCCGGCGCUCCCGCUCAGCCGGAGAGACCACCGCCCCCGCUUCCCCCGCCACGCUUUCCGAACAGCGGUGUCUGACAAUGGGAAACAGCUCCUCUUAAUAUCGGUAAUCUAGUGAUCAUGAAUGCGUCGAUACCACUGCCGCUACUGCUCACCGCUAACAGCCUCACAUUGGAAAAUCAAUUAUACGAGAUCAUCACGGAGAGGAGCAAGGCCUGCGCGGCUUUCUUGCGGAAUAGUUUUCGUCGGGCAUUUAACGCGUCCACUGUCAGCUGGAGUGUCACGGAGAGUUUCGAUAGUGACGUAUCGUGCAAUCGUGCCUGAAUCCAGAGAAAAAAAAAAGAAAAGAAAAGGAACGAACCGAACCGAACCGAACCGAACCGAAAUCACCCAUCGAUCCGAUCGAGAUUUCGAAUCGCACGGAUUCGAUCGGUACUGGCUAACGAAUUCUCGUUAACGAAUGUACUUAGCACACCCAGAUCCGCGCAUUUCUUCGUUUCACGGAUCCUGGGGAGCCUGGUAGUAACGUAACGAUUUUUCUUGAACGAGAUAGAGUGACAGCAAGUGCGGAGGAGGUAAUGAAUAGGCCGCGCGAUAAACUGGCUCGUGUAACGAGAUAAUUUACAAUCGUGAGAGAGAGAGAGAGAGAGAGAGAGAGAGAGAGAGAGAGAGAGAGAGAGAGAGAGAGAGACCACGAGGUGGAGGAGAUCUUCGAUAAGAGAAAUAAAAAAAAAUCUAACGAAAUGAUGCGAAAGUGAUUGUGCCUAGACAUUUGCAUUCGGAUGAAACGCGCGUAACGAGUUGGACCGUGAUCACUGUAUGGGAAUUUGAACUUCGUGCGACGUCGAAGAGACAUAGAGAACGUGUGUAAUUGCUAUAUGCGACGAUGAAUCAUUUAACGAGAAAAAGAAAACCCCAGAGAAAAAGGUGUAUAUCUAUAUACUUCACUUUUAUAUCGUUAAUUUCGUAGGAUUUAUUCGAGUUAUACGUCAUUUUGUAUAUCACACCGUCGUCUUUAUAACUGAUUGCACUGUAAUAUUAUUAUCCGCUGUGCGUUAACCCCUUCGUGUGCCACCCAUUUCAAUGCAUUUAAUGGGCGUUACUUGUUUUUUCUUUUUCUUCUUUCUUAAUGAAAAAUGUUUUUAUUUUAGAAUCUGUUAUUAAUUGGAAGUAGAAUCUACAUAUUUAUUAUUUGCAAUUAGCAUUUUCGGAGCAUAUGAUUUUUGACGAGCACAAGAUGAUUGCAUCGUUCUAAUAAUUUUAGAUGAAACAGCAGAGAGAAAAAUAAGCCAUUUGUUAGUUUUUGUUUGAACCAUCAGAAGCUUACAUCUCUCGCUACUUUUCACAUUGAAUUAUAAUUUAAGCCAGUAAAUGCCAAGCUUUUCUCUCUGAAAGUGUUUGAAAUCUCCCAACCUGGAGGCUAUUCGAAUAUUAAACGUGUCAAAUUAUUAGGUUGUCCUGAAAGUUUCUUUCGCGAGUUGCAUUCAAUUAUUUUAUGUGGUCGUGUUUAUAUAAAUAGACAAUCUAAUUUCAUAGAUAUUCAUGUUAUAACAGUAAUGGAGUAAAAUGAAUCGUACACAAUUCAGUAAUGUAACAUAAAACAUAAACUAUUGUGCAUCUAUUACUUAUUAAUAAAGCGAAAGAAACUUUUGGGACAACCUAAUAAAAUAAAAUCUGCUAAUACAAACUAGUGACACUUUGUCAUUGUGUCGUCAAAAAUAUUGCACUCCGUAAAUUUUAAUUGGGCAAUUAAUAUACAGUCAGUCCCAUAAAUAUUUCUACCCUCUAUGUCUAUUAAAGGUCUAAAUUAAAUGAUGAGUUUGAUGUUUCUAAACACAUUUUUCAUUAUAAAUAUAUACACGUGUAAAGUAUAUUCACGUACAUGUUUAUAACGAAACAUUUAUUUGGAAGCAUCAAACCUAUCAUUUAAUUUAAGCCAAUUUCUCCAAUAGACAUAAGUGGGUACGAAUACUUAUGAGUUAAUGCACAUCAGUCGGUUUUGUUACAAAUGUAAUACAAUUUUUAAAAAAAGUCUUUACUCCAGAUUUUAUCAUUUUUUUCAACAUUACAUUCGUUGACAUCAAAGGUUGCAUACCAAACUUAGAAAUAACCCAUAAAAGGAAAACUACACAGUUGAUGUCGUAAAAAUGACGCAACUUGUCCGAUACUGGUGUGAAUAAAAAAAACGUUGCUUGGGUUGGCAUAAAGGGGUUAAUCAGUUCAAUUCGAAACGAAUUUCACGACUGAAAUUAGCCGCGCAGCUAACGUUGAAUGUUUCGAAUCUGAUAUCGACCAAAUUAACCGUGUACGGAGUCUAUCUUUUCCACGCUCACAGUGUUGACGACAUUUAUCGUGUUUAAAUGUCCGUCGUCUUUAAAUUAUCCGUGAAUUCGCGUUAAGAGCAAUGAUUUCUAUAUAUUAAGUGCAUUAUGUGGUUCAUGAGAGUCAACAGUGUUGCAAUGAUUUCUAUAUAUUAAGUGCAUUAUGUGGUUCAUGAGAGUCAACAGUGUUGUAAGAAUGAGUUUGGAACAAGCUUGUAAAGCUACAAGACUCAUUUUUAGAAAUACUAAGCAUGAAAACCUCUGCGAGGAUGCAAAGGCAGCCAUCUUUGAGAUUAAACCUGUCGGGAUACCUGAAUGACGACUGAUGUACUAAAUCUUUGGACUCGCGUGUAUGGUUGUUUCUCUGAUAGUUGGUAGAGUAACAAAAUAUUUUUUAUAGAAUAUAACAGGCGUGGACUGUAAAUCAGUUACUUAAAUUUCGAUGAAGAAAGCACUGAAACAAAGUGUAUAGUAUGUAUUAUAAUAUAUACUAUAUAUGUGUGUGCCUGCGUGUGUAUGUGCGUGAUAAAGAAAAAAUAGAUUUAUACGUAUUAUGAAAGUAAUAUAAUUUCUUUCUUGAAUAAUUUAAUGGUUUAACUUUAAAAUUUAAACCUAUAUUUCUUACGAAUAUAACAAAUCUGUUCACAAUUUACAAUACAUAUAGUAUUAUAUAGAAAUACCAUAUAUUCUCAGUUUAUUACGUAUUUAAAAACGCAGUUCGACUUUGAUUCAAAGUGGCUAUGCUACAAAACAAUAGCUUAACUAAUUCGUAUUUAUCACAAGUUCUGUGUUGGGUUUAAAGUUGGGUUCGUAAAAUUUUGUGUCAGAAUUUCGGGCUCAUCUUUUAUAGUUGCAUGUAUGGAAAGGACUGUUCCGAAAAGCUACCAAAUAAGGUUAUAGUCUAAGUGAUCGACUUCAUACUCUAAUAAAACAAACAAACAAGAGCUAUGAAGACGUAAUGGAGUGUAUUAAUACCUCAGUCGUCAUACAGGCAACAAAUAUGCUUUCUUCUCAAAAAUGGUAACCACCUCAUCCAAUAUAUAAAGACUUUUAAAUUGGACGGUAAAAGUUUUAUACAGAUAAAAAUUGUUAUAUUCGAUCUAUCGGUAUUAAAACUUAAUUUGGAUAGUGGAUGACAAAUAAAUAACAAGCAUUGAUUCAAUUUAAUUCUCGCGCAGUCAUCUAAUGGUUUAGCAAAAAAAUAUACAGUGGGUGUACAAAGUAUUCGUACACCGAUCAAUUUCCAAAAAAACUAUGUGAAUUGUGAUGUAUUAACUUUUUUUUAUUAAGAAUGAUAUUCUACAUAUUCUUGGAAAUGUCUAGAAUAGAUACAGUACGAAAAGAUUAGGUAUUUUGUAUAAGUGAGAAAUCAACAAGAAAAAAUAAUAAAUCGAUAGAAAUACAAAAGCAAUAAGUAUUCGUACAAGUGUUAAGUUUCUAAAAAUUCAUUUUAAAAAAACCGAAAUUCACAUUAAUUUAUAAAUAAUUAAUACUUUGUAGGAUUUCCUUUUGAUUUUAUAAUUACUGCAGCUCUUCUAAGCAUUAAAUUAACUAUCAUAAAUGUCGAUGUUAUUCGGGGUGAGAUCUUCUUUCAUUCCUUUAUUACAGCAUUUUUUAAAUCUUUUUUACUAAAAAUUUAAUGUUUUCUAAUUCCCACGAAGCAAUAAACUGAUGUGCUUAUGUUACAAAUUCUACUGUAAAUUGUUCGUCAUAAGAAUCGUACAAAUACUUAUUGUUUCUAUAGUUUUACUCACUUUCCGCAUUUUUUUGUUAAUUUCACAAAUUAUAUUAACUAGUAAAUGUUGCUUGGACUAUAUCUAUCUUAGAGACUUCCGAGAAUAUGUAAAAUAUCAUUGAUUAUAAAAAGUUAAUAAACCACCAUUUCACAGAAAAGUUUUCUGGGAAAUUGAUCGGUGUACGAAUACAUUCUACACCCACUGUAGCUCCAAACGAUUACAUUUUCCAAACUCAAGACUAAGACAGAGCAUCAUGACGGCGAGCAUGCGAACUAAUGGCGCCACACGAAGACGUAGCGACUAUGAAAAUUAAUGGUGCCACGAGAAGUUACUCUGCCACCUGCCAAAGCUGAAAGCCAAGAAGUCUGUCUUUCUUCACCGGUUCAUCGUAUACUUGAAACUCUCAUUCAGCUCGAAUCUCGAACCGUUUAAGAACAUUCAUUCUUGGAUAUCUUCGUAUCAAUGAAGUCAUGAAUAAAUAACACCAGUGCUGUAAUAGGAAACAACAUCCUUUGCUGCAAUAGACAUUUAGUUGCCUCCACGUGGUCCAGCGAUCUGCACAGAACUACAUUCAUGCCGCCACUAGUUCGCUUGCUCAACGUGCGUUCAAACUGCCGCACUUCCUUAAGCCGGCGACUGACUUGCAACAGAACGCUGUAAUGCAACUGCUCGGCACAAAUUGUAUGGUUCGGCACCAG